AUGCAGUAUAGAGCGUUACUGGGGUAUGGGCUGUCUGCAGGAUUUGUGAUACCGAAAUCGAGGGGAGCAUGCGCAGGAGAUCUUCCGAAAUUAACUAUGUUCAGCAGUGCUCCGAAACAGAACACGCACUUAGAUGACUUGAUUAAAAAGGCUACGGAUGAAACGUUAACUUCUGAUAACUGGCAAUACAUCUUAGAUGUUUGCGAUAACAUACUGUCAAAUCCCGAAGACGCCACCAAGGACGCCAUCAAAUCGGUUUCUGCUAGGCUUGCCUUAAAAGAUGCUAAUGUGAUACUUCGUACACUUUCGUUGCUACUUGCCCUUGCAGAAAAUUGUGGUUCACGUAUGAAGCAAGAGAUUGCGUCGAAGUCAUUUUUAAAUGAAUCUAUAAUCAAACGCUUGGGCGAUAAGCGUCUCCACAGAACAGUUAAGGUGAGAAUUGUGGAGGUUGUUAAGCAGCUCAAGGACUCGUUUGAGGAUGAUCCGUCAUUGAGACCCAUAUCAGACGCCUAUAAGCUGAUAAAGCAUGAUUACCCACAAUAUGUUCAAUCGUCCCUGAGUUCGGGGCCAGUAAAACCAGCGAAACAAGAACGUACUAAACAACAGCGGCAACUGGAAGAAGAUGACCUUCAACGGGUAUUGAAGCUAUCGUUGCAAGAGUACGAACGUGAACAAACAAUCAAGAAAGCAUACCUCAAUGACAAGCCGCUUCCAUCUCCUAGCGAGCAACUAGGCCAGCAAAAUCUGCAAGAAGUGAAUGUUGCUCCAAAGAGUAAUGUGCAUGGUGAAUCCGAAUCUACUGCCACUCAGGGCCCCUCUACUAUCACCAAAGUACGUGCAUUAUAUGACUUGAUCUCUUACGAAGAGGACGAGUUAUCAUUUCGCAAGGGCGAUAUAAUUAAUGUUAUCGAAUCCGUUUACCGUGAUUGGUGGCGUGGCUCUCUCCUGAAUGGAAAGACUGGAAUCUUUCCUUUGAAUUACGUCACACCAAUUGUCCCCAAGACCCAAGCUCAGUUGGAAGAAGAGAGUGCCACUGAAAGAUCCUUACUUACUACGGAUUUGCGAAACGUGGACAGACUUUUAGCAUAUUUAUCCUCGAGUAAUAACGAGCUCGAUGAAGAUGAGAUUACCAAACUUUACAACUCAGUCAUUCCAUUGCGGCCAGUUCUUGGGAAAGUGAUCGACAAGUAUGCGAUACGAAAGGAAGAGUUGCUUGCUUUGAAUAACCAGCUAAAAACCAACGUUGCCUACUACAACGAGCUUAUGGACAAUCUGAUACAGGUCCGAGCCGCAUCACAGGUUCCGUCUAAUGCAUAUCAGCGGGCUCCAUAUCCUUCCCAUCUGACCGGACAACCAAAUAGUCCGCCACAGCUUCAAGACCCUAGGUAUAGUGAACGUUUACUGCAACAGCCUACGAGCAGUGGCUUUGGAAACGCCGAAUCAGACCCAAGGUUUUCUAAUACUUACCAGCGACCUGCAUAUGAUGGUAACGUAUAUCCCCAGGCUCAAUACGUUCUGCCUCAUCCUUCUGGUAAUGCAAGAAGAAUUUCUAGGGGUCAGCUUCUGAAUAUAGAGUCAUUUCCCGAGGUUCACAAUAUAUAA